AUGCAGUUGACUUUGCUCCACGCGCUUUUCUCAUUGGCCGCUGCUGGGAAGUUCCAUUCCCUCAGCCGGGCGACUCUGAGCGUGGACACGUCUACUUCAGUCAAUGCGAGCCGCUCCACACCAAUCUCGCUUUAUUCAAAGCCGCCAGCUUGUCACGAAAAGAAGGUCGUGGGCUCCAGUGACGACAAGUUCCUGCAGUGCCCGAAGGAGUGCCCAAUCUAUGCCGAUGACCGUGCAGAUGGGGUGGACUGCAACUUCGAGUGCGUGGAAGCAACUCCGAAGGCGUGUACGGCCGUGAACGCCAAAGAGCCUGUCCCUGAUGCCGAGCGUGGCAUCUGCCGCGCCUGCAUCAUCUACGGCUGCAAGACCUGCACCACGGAAGGUCAAGAUACUUGCGCUACCUGCGAGUCGGGUUUCAAGCUCAACGCCGCUGGAAAGUGUGAGAGCACCAACACGUACUACUGGUAUGCUCUCUUUGCAGUGCUUGGCCUUGUGGCUCUGUUCAUUGUCGGCUGGAUUGUCGACAUUGCUCGACGUCCCGUUGUCAACGCUCAAGGGCUCAAGGGCGCACUUGAUGCGCGCUCGCGUUCCAAGGUGCGAAUGCCCAAGCAGUUCGGCUCCGACGAAGGACGGGACCUUUACCCUCUGGACACCAACCUCCUGAAGACGCCUGUGGCCGGCAUUGGAGUGCAGCUCCACUUCAACUUCCAGUUCUUCCUCAUCGUGUGGGCGCUUGCAAUCGGCUUGGCUUGGCUGAUUCUUGCACUUUCUGUGGACGAUGCUCUGCUGAUCCUCGGAACUCGAAGGGCUAAGACGGCUCGACAGAACUGCAUUCUCGUUGCCUGGGGCUUCGAGACACAGCAGCGCUUGAUGUGGACGAAGAUCGACUUUGUGGUGUGCGCCUACAUCCUCACCUUCCUGGGCUGUUUGGCCUUUGGCGUCCGUCAGCUGCGCAUUUUCCAGAAGGUGGACAUGCAAAACUCCACCCACAAGGACUACGCCGCCCGAGUGCGCAACCUGCCGUUGAUGGAUGGCACAGAGCCCGUGGAGGAGGAGCUUAAGAAGCGGAUCGAGGAUACUACGGGGCAAAAGGUCGUCGGCGUCUCCGUAUGCUGGGACUUUCAGGAGCAUGAGGAUGAACUCAUGGAGCUCAUUGAGAGCAAACUCGUCGAGAAGGAGGAGAGACUUCACCCGGCUCCCGCGAGUGAGGAGGAGCAUCCCGAGCCCGAAAGUUUCUUUGCACGGAUGGAGCGCUCGAUGUUGGCAGCUGAUGCAGAGAAGGUUGUGGCCAAAGGCGAGAUGACCGAGGAGGAGCAAGAGCAAGCCAAACGGGAUGCUGCUGCCCAUGCCGGAGAAGAGGAGCACGUGGAAGAAUGCAAGGAGGUUGACGUCGUGGACAUCCUGAAGAGCAUCAAGACGUGCCCGGAUGCGUAUGCGAUCUUCGAGUCUGAAGCUGCGCGUGAUGCCGCAGUCGAGGCUGUCCAGAGUGGAGGCAUCGAGUUUGCAGGAAACACCAUUACCUUGAACGCGUCGCGAGUGGAGCCUCAGACGGUGAACUGGAGAAACUGCGCCAACACUGACCUCGUGGUGAAAGCCAAGCGCAUUGGUUUUGGCUUCCUCAUCAUGCUUGCUGGCCUCUCACUUUGGGUGGUGGCCUUCUAUCUGCCUUAUGCCUGGUUCACCCUGACGUUCAACUACUCCUAUGGCCAGGAGCCAGGAUUCGUGGCAGGGAUGACCUUCUCUAUGGUCGUUGUGGCAGGAAAUGCGUUGAUGUACUUGGUGUGCAGUGAAGUUGCAGACCGGACUAGGUUCAUCUAUGUGGAUGACAGGGAGGUGUGCUAUAUGCUGCUCUACUGCUUCGCAUGCGUCUUCAAUGUCGCCCUCGACCUGAUCACCACUUACAUGGUGGCCUACCGCAUCAAUGUCGGAUUGAGGAUGAAGACCUACGACGGCACUUUGCUGGAGAACCUUCAGGCCUUCUCCGAUCGCUUCGAGUCCUAUGCCAUGCAGCGGCUCCUGGCAAACAACCUGUAUGCCUAUGCCUUCCCGGCGACGUUCCUCAUCCCUUUCUUGAUUGAGCCAGUCGCGACCAUCUAUGCUCCUUACAAAAUGAUGCUGGCAAUUGUGCGUACGCAGCCUUCCAUGAAAGGCUUCAUGGCUGAGCGUUUGUUGGGAAGCUUGGUCUUCGACCUCUCCCGCUAUGCCGAUCUGAUGCUGGAUGUGAUGAUUGCCGUGUUGAUUUUCUUCUUCCCCGGUGGUUUCAACAUUCAGAUGUUCGUUGGCCUUGCCGGUUCGCACUUGUACAUCUACUUUUUUGACCACUACCGCGUGCUGCGAUCCAUCCAAAGCUGCAACUACGCAGACAAGAUGGUUGACUGGUGGUCUCAGUGGAUGAUGUGCAUCCCCUGCGGCUUCAUGCUUGCCUGUGUCGUCUUCAAGGCCAAUUGUCAGGAAGGGUACCCCUGCGUGGAUGGUGACACUAUGAUCGCUGGUUGCGUGCUCGCUUUCUUUGGCCACAUCCUGCUCCAUACGUUGGCUAUCAAGUUCGUCGUGCCAAUGUUCGGCCUUUAUGGAGAGUCCGACGGAGCAGAGACCAACACUUACAAAGACUGCUCCAAGCGAAUCCCAUGCUCUUGGUUCACUGCGAACCCAGUCUUCUGCUUGCGCUCGCAGUACAUCUACAAGCACAGCCCUCCCUGCACCUUCUGCCUCCCCGGCAAGGAGCAUCUUCUGGAAGUGAACGAGGACAUCGGCCUCUACUUUGAUGAUGCCCCGGCCAAGGAAGAGGACUACGAUGCCCCUCAUGUGGAUGUUGAGGCGGUGAAGGCCAACCUCCACGAUCUCCGCGGCAAGGCUUCGGAGAGCUUCGAGCAACUUCGGGGAAAGGCAAGCGGACAAUUGGAAGAACUCCGCGGCAAGGCAUCAGGACACUUCGAGGAGCUGAACAAGCAGAUGUCUGGCCGCUUUGAGGAUUUGCAGGGCAAGAUGUCCGGGAUGUCUGCUGGCAUGUCCAGCACUUUCGAGGACAUGCAGGGCAAGAUGACUGGCAUGUCUGCUGGAAUGUCAAGCACCUUCGAGAAUUUGCAGGGCAAGAUGACUGGCUCUGGCUCCUGGUUCGCGAGCAAGGAGAAGGAGAAGGAGGAAGAGACGGAAGCUGCUGGCUCCGGCGAGACCGGACAGCACCUGCUGCGCAAUCCUGGCAUCGUUGACAAGAUCUUGAAUGCUGCGGACCUCAAGCCUAGUGACACUGCCUUUGAGAUUGGCCCAGGAACAGGCAACCUUACCCAGAAGCUCGUGGAGAGCUGCAAGAAGGUCAUUGCCUGUGAGAUCGACCCGCGCAUGGCAGCAGAGGUCCGUAAGCGGAUCGCCUCAACGGGGCGCACCAACUUAGAGGUCAAAGAAAAUGACGUCCUGAGGGAAAAGUGGCCCAUCUUCGAUGUCUGUGUUGCGAAUUUGCCCUACCAGAUCUCCUCGCCGUUCACUUUCAAGCUGCUAGCGCAUCGGCCAGCCUUCCGCUGCGCGGUGCUCAUGUUCCAAAAAGAGUUUGCCGAGCGAUUGAUAGCCAAAGUUGGUGAGUCCCAGUAUGGACGCCUCGCUGUCAACACGAGCUUGUUUGUGAAGGUCAGCUGUGUCUGCAAGGUCGGGCGAAUGAACUUUACACCACCGCCGGAAGUCGACUCGAUGGUAGUCAAGAUCGUGCCGAGAUUUCCCCCGAUCGAGGUUGACUUCCGAGAGUGGGAUGGCCUUAUGCGGAUAUGCUUCGGGCGGAAGCGAAAAACCCUCCGAUCGUCUUUCUGCAUGUCCUAUACUCUGAAGACUUUGGAGGACAACUACACCACAUGGUGCGCCUUAGCGGGCUGCAAGCCAGACAGGAGAAACAUGAAGGACAAGGUGGUGGAGGUCUUAGCGGCUUUGAAGCUGGCUGACAAGCGGGCUAUCAAGAUCGACUUGGACACCUACUUCAAGCUGCUCCUGGAGUUCAACAAGCGUGGAAUUCACUUCACCAACAUCAACGUCGGUGCGAAGAUUGGUGAAUCUGAUGCACCACAGCUGCCAGAUGAUCUCUUCAUGGAAGAUAACGAUGACGGCGACGAGGAGAUGGAAGACUGA